CCAAACUUUGUCCUACACGCUGUGUGACUAAUAAAUAGACUAUACGACGCAUUCAAAUGGAAACCGAUAAAAUUUAGUCUGAUCAAAAGCGAUUCACUGUUGCCAUGUCAAUAACAAUUUGAUUAGACGCAAAACUCCAUAUUGUUACGCGUAAAAACAAUCGACAAUCGCAAUCAUGACUAUUUAAACGCAAUAUUAACUCAAUUUAUCCAUUAAUUUUAUCAUUGCAUCCUUGACACGUUCCGCUGUCCAUCGUUUGAUCUUAUUCGUAGCUUAUCUUUGUACAAGUGAGGUCGUUAUUAUAUAAUAUAAAAGUUAAUUCAGUGAUGUUUUUCCGCGUUGGUGCUUAAAUUUAAUUAUUAUCGUGGAUAAUAAAUGUACAUGAUGCCACGUUCAAGUAGAUCUAGGUUACAACUGAGUGAAGAACAAAAGAAAAAACGUAGGCGUGAGCAAAAAAAACUAAGUAUGCGUAGAGCUAGAUCAAAGUUAGAUUCUGUUGCUCUUGAAGAAAGACGCAAAAAGGACCGAGAAAGGUAUCAUCGUAAAAAAGAAGAGGGGCUGAUUAAGACCAUUAAAGACUUGAAACCCCGAGACCAGCGACAAUUACGGAAAAUGUGGCGAGAGAAAGCAAAACUUAGACGUGAGAAAGAGAAAAUAAAAAGAACGACUGAGCAAAUGUUACACGAAAAUACACCCCCUUCAAGUCCACAACCAUCAUCUUCAAGUUCAUCUUUUUCACGAAUUCGGUCAGGAAAAGCAGUAGCUGCACGGAAUAAACGAAGAUUGAAGGCUAAAAAUGAAUAUUUAAUAAAUAGAUUAAUUGUUUUAGAACGAAAGCUAGCUAAAUACAGAAUGCGUCUACACAGAAUUAAAAAAGGACAGAAACGAGGUAACACUGUACUAGUCAAACGAAUAAUACAUGACUUUUUUAUUGACGAUGAGCAUAGCAGACUCACAGCAGGCAAAAAAGAGACUAUCACACGACGUAAAGUAAAAAAGCAAAUACGUCUGUUGAAUGACACAAUUCUCAAUCUACACAAGAUAUUUAACAAUAAGACGGGUUUGAACAUAUCAUAUGAGACAUUUCGUAGACAUCGUCCUUUUUGGGUGAUAUUUCCUAAAACAACUUCUAGAAAUACCUGUUUGUGUCGUCAACAUGCCAAUAACGAUUACAUUGCUAGCGCUCUACAUCAAGCUAAGAUAAUAUCAUUUUCUAACGCCACUGAUGUUGCCAGGUCGCUUUGCUGUGAUAACAUUCUGAGGGUUUCUUGUCUUGAACGAACAUGUACCCUAUGUUUUGAAAAAACUUUGGUUUAUACGGUCAUCAAUGGGAAUGACACGAUUAUUUACCAAAAAUGGGUCACUAAGAAAGUGCCCCAAAUAAUUAAAGGCAAUGAAAAAUUAUGUCAAAAAGCACUCAAAGAAUGCGUCAGAACUUCUCAUCAAUUACUUGUUAAUAAAUUUAAUAUAAGUUUGUCGACAUUUAUGCAACAUCUUGCAAAUAUAAUGAACCAAUACAAGGCUAUUCGAUAUAUUAAACAAAACUUAUCGCCAUCACAAAGUUUACUGCAUAUUGAUUUUUCAGAAAAUUAUUCCUGCAAAUAUGGAUCAGAAGUUCAGUCAGCCCACUUUGGUGGAUCCAAAUCACAACUCUCGUUACACACUUGCGUUUAUUAUUCUGUUGAUUCUCAGCCACCAACAAACCUUAUAAAAACAACAUCCAUUUGCACUGUCUCGGAGAACUUACGACACGAUCCUGUACUCAUUUGCGCCCACUUGAAACCCGUAAUUGAAAAAAUUAAAUUGAUUACACCAGAUUUGACAGAGCUGCAUAUAUUAAGUGAUGGACCUGCUACUCAAUAUCGUAAUAAAACAAUGUUCCAUAUGUUAGCAAACUAUGUGAGCAAAAUUUCAAAUGUAGAAACUAUUGUGUGGCAUUUCAGUGAGGCUGGCCAUGGCAAAGGUGCUCCUGAUGGCGUAGGUGGCUGUGUAAAACGCACAUGUGACAAGGCUGUUGCAAAUGGCCAAGACAUAUCAGAUAUUGACAGUUUUGUUGAUUGCUUAAAAGGCACCUGCCGUGCGAUUCUCUAAAAUUCAAACAAGAACUCGCAUCUCACUACGAAAUUCUCCAUCACUUCGCAUUCGCAAUAGAAUGACCUUGAUUUGGCAUUCUGUAAACACUAAUUUAAAUUACCCUGCCUCGAGCGAAGUGAAGUGACAACGAAGUUUGUUUACAAUACUACUAGGGAUAGCCGUAUACACGCAAAUGUAAAUCGAAGCUUACCGGUUUCAGUUUUUCUUUGUAUUUAGAAGCAUUCUGUAAGAAAAUACUAUGAAUUUAAGCUUUGGUGUCUAAACCACAUCUAAUAUAUCUAAAAAGAAAAUUAAAAGUCAUAUAUUUAUGAAAUUAAUUGUAAUUUCUGGCUGUACGCUAAGUUCCUUUGCGUGCACUGGCGAAUACCAGAAUUAAAAAACAAAAUUUUAAUUGUUUUCAAAACAAUUUCGAGCGGUCGGAAGUUUUUAUUUUGCUUUUUCUAGAUUUGUUGUUACUUUGUGAGUGAAUUUAACGUUAAAUAAAAAUUAUGAGAUUUAAAGAGCGUUCUUCUCAUCCGACAUUGGCGCAAAUAGAGGCAUUGAUAAACGUUUUGGGUUAAAAGCUAGCGAAACAAAAGGAUUAAUCGAAUCUCAACAUGUUCAAUAAGAGAACAAGGAUUAUAAAAAAAAUAUAGGAACUAAAUUCUCUUGUCAGUUAAGAUCCAUUCCCGGAACUACAACAGAUUGAAAAUACUAAUCCACAUCAUCAGAAUAUUGUAAGGAGAAUUUAUAGCCAACUCGGAAAAUGUAUCAGUAUUGGAACAAUCGCAAACAUACAGCACCUCAACACCUGACCUGCUAUUUCACCACUUUUACAAUGAAAAGCAGAUUGUACUCAAAUUACUGAGAGAAUUUUGUGGAUAGAGGAACUGCAGGUGAAGAUUCAGGGUGUUCAUAUGUGUGUCGUCCAAAGCAUUUUUGAACACAGUACCAUAUAUAACUUAAUGAAACUUACAACCAUGGGGGAAUGAAUAGUCGACAAUCUGCAAGAAGGAUGAACUGUUGGUGGAAUUAGCAGAUGCAGCUAGCAAUUUUAAACCUGUAUUUCCACAUAAGUUACUGAUGCAAACAAAUUUCAAAACUAUUGUAUAUAACUAUUGAAUAAAACUAUUUUUAUAAAUCAUUAA